AUGGCAUGCCGGCUCGCCCUCUGCAGGGCUGCAACACAUCUUGCAAAGCGUGGGCUGGCAACUGUGGUUUACGGCGAGGCAGCGGCGACCGCAAAAUCAUCUACUGCCGCAGAAAUCUACAAAGGAGACACGGAUCAAGCUUUCUUGGUCAGAGGGUACGGGGCCACUCUCACGCAGCAGGAGGAACUGCUAGAUCAGAACCAGUCGACACAACGCACAUUUUUUUCCGCAACCUGUUUUCUCGAGGAGGAACUGUCAAGUCAGAACCGGUCCGACAUGUUCAAAGCGGCGAAUGAUCGAAUGACAAGGGAUUUUUGGAUUUUCAUGUUGUCCAUGGGAGCUAUCGCAGGUUACGGUGCGUGUAACAAUAAAAGAUCGGAUAAGCUAGGCACUGUAACCUCUGUCAAGGGAUCGGAUUGGGAGGAUCCAGAUGAAGAAUAUCGUAAAUUUUAUGAUGUGAAGAGAGCGUCGAUUUAUUCAACCACGGCGUACACUGAUGUCAAGGGGGUCACCGGAAAAGGCCUUAACUUGGAUGAAGUGAACGUGUCCAUGCAAUCAACCACGAGAUUCCGUGAUGUCAAAGGAGUUGACGAAGCCAAAGCUGAGCUCGAGGAUAUUGUACACUACCUAAGAAAUCCCAAGCAUUUCACGUGCCUUGUGGGCAAGCUUCCAAAGGGUGUUUUGCUUGUUGGCCCACCGGGCACGGGGAAGACCAUGUUGGCAAAGGCUGUGGCCGGGGAAGAUGGUGUCCCGUUCUUUGCGUGCAGCGGCGGCGAUUUCGAGGAGAAAUAUGUUGGUAUUGGUGCUAAGAGAGUGAGGGAUCUCUUCGGUGCUGCAAAGAAGCGAUCCCCUUGCAUAAUAUUCAUCGACGAGAUCGAUGCGGCGCGCACUACUAGGUUGCCUGAGGACAAUCCCUACUUCAAACCCUACCUCUGGGUUAGUUGGUUAGUAGUGGUCUGGGCGGCGAUGCGGGCUUCUGCCGACAUCAUCAUUCUUGCAGCGACCAACUUCCUAGAGUCACUAGAUAAAGCCGUUACUAGACCUGGGCGUUUUGAUCGUCAUGUCCAGGUUCCUAAUCCAGAUGUCCUGGGCCGGCAGCAGAUCCUCGAGGCUUGUAUGUCAAAGGUCGAAGCCAAGGGUAUGGAUCUGAUGAUCCUUGCGAGGGGGACACUGGGAUUUUCAGGCGCAGACCUUACAAACUUGGUGAAUUUUGCUGCUCUGAAGGCUGCCAAGGAUGGGGCAGAAGCUGUUACGAUGGAUCAUGUUGAAUACGCCAAGGAGAAGAUCAUGAUGGGCAGCGAGCGUAAAGCGGCAGUGAUACCUGAUAGCUGCAGGAAGAUGAGUGCGUACCACGUGGGAGGGCGGGCCCUUGUUGCUAUCCACACAGACACAGAUGAUGCUCGCCCUAUCUACAAGGCUACCAUUGUCCCGAGGGGGAACGCACUCGGCAUGGUGACCCAGCUGCCAGAGGAAGAAGACGCAUAUAAACUCUCAAGGAAGAAGAUGCUGGCGAAAUUGGACAUCCUCAUGGGAGGCAGGGUGGCUGAGGAGCUUAUAUUUGGAGAGAGCGAGGUGACCUCCAGCGCCCAGUCUGAUCUAACCGAGGCGACUCAGUUGGCGACAGACAUGGUCACUAAGUAUGGAAUGUGCCAGCGCAUUGGCCUUGUGUCCUACAGCAGUGACCGUGGGAUGAAGACGGCGACCUGGAGCGGGCAUACGAUAGUCCUGGCCGAUGAGGAGGUGAAAGAAUUACUGGGUAAAGCUUACAAGAAUGCGAAAAAGAUUGUGACGGUGCACAGUAAGGAGCUUCAUGUGCUAGCCGAUGCCCUCCUUUUUCAUGGAACUCUCACUGGAGACCAGAUCGAGCAGCUAGUAUCGCCAAGUAAAGAUAAAUGA